AUGCUAGUGACGGCUGCGCUGAUACUGCAGUUUUUCGCAGAAUUCUUGAUAAUCUUACAGACGCUCUUGGCUUGUAAAGGAAAACAGAAGGUUUCAAAAUCUGAUACUAGUGACAUAAAGCCACCACCCUCGAAUAAACCGACGCCAACUCCACCAGCUCCUGCUGCUGCACCAGCACCGCCGCCCCCUGCAGCUGCUGGAGAAGGUGAUGGCAAUUAUGAGGAAUUGCAAGUGGUCGAAAAUCCACCUCCACCACCUCCUUGA